UCCGAGCAUGGCUCGAUGAUCUUGCCCAGGUGGGAUGUGAAACCUCUUCAGGCAGGGCGGUUGCUUGGCGGCAGACGGCAGGGGGACCACUACAUAUGGGGCAAGGAAGGAGCCUCGAAGGCGAUUGAGAGCUUCUCAUAGCAUGGCUUGGGAAAAACCGUUCCUUAUCGGACCGAUGGAAGUGAAUGCAUGGACGGCUGACUCCAAUGGCCCUACCGAGAUGUGCGGGGUGAUUCCCGAGAUUAACGAACUAGGCAAAAUAGCAACGGAGGAGGAGACAGAUAAUCAUAAGAGUGAAGAAGAACCGGGCUUAGGAGGCAGUGCCGCACAAAGCGAAGGGGGGCAGAAGGACAGAGAAUCGAUAAAUCCGGAUGGUACCAAAGGGAACCGGAAGGAGAUCUGCACAAGGGAAAGCUCAAGGAAAGCUGGGGGGAGCAGGCAGGGGACUCAGGGGACCACGGAAGGGAGGAAUAAGGAUAGGACAAGCCCCGGGAGAACUCGGAAGGAGCCGUGUCUAAGAAAGUGCACCAGGUCAUUAAAGGGGGAGAUAUUUGGACCACAAGGGGAACGGGUGAACUGGAACUCACCAGGAGGGAUGCGGCGAGCCAUUAUCAUGCUCAACGGGCUAGAAAUAACGGUCGUAGAAGCCGAACCGGUGGGCGAGAUCAUCUGGGAUCAACGCCAGGGGCGCGGGCCGCAGGUCGAUUUUGUUUUGGAAAACGACGGACGUGAUAGGGUGAACGCGACUACUCGGCUAGGGACGGCUGGGAGAAGGAUUAACCGCGACGCCGUGAUGGAGGAGGUUGCUGGAAGUUCGGAACCCCCAGCAGAGCCUGAGGCCGAGGAACCGGAAAGGGUCUAUGGGAAACCUAGGGAAGAGGAGCCUGCCGACGAAGUUACCGCUGCCAAGAAGAAGUUUAGGUACCAAAUCUCGAUCUUAUCCUUGCCAGAAAUCGACGACACCAUUAGCAAGUUACUAGGAACCAUGGUGUCGGUGUCUUUUCAGACUAUGCUGCAGGCUAGCCCUAGGUUGCUCAAAGGGCUUAGACAACUGUUGACCCGGCGACGAGUAGAAAUAGGCGACAACCCCGAAUUACCAGAAGGGGAGAGGGAGGAGGAAGUUCCGCGAGAAGUGGCUAACCUGCAGAGGAGUCGCGGGGACUUGGAGGAUCUCGAGAAGGCCUUUGCAGACAUCCGUUUGAGCUUGCCCGACCGAGAGGGCGGCGAAGUCAUGAGAUCGCCACCCGGGACGAAGCUUAGCUUUCAUGCGCUACCCGUAGGGAAAUUGAAAAUCCAGAUCGGGAGUCAUCACACCGACGCAUUAGUAUACGGGGGAGCAGCAAUCACUCUCAUAAGGAGAUAUUUCGCAACGAUCACGGGAUGUACGGUAAACAAGGAAGUAACAGGGAGCAUCCGGGGAGCUGGCGGGGAAAUCCCGUUCGCUGGGUACGUCACGAAGUGUGCUGUGAAGGCAGGGGUCAGGGAAUCGAUCUGGUCAUUUCAGCGGAUGACCGUAAUGGAGGAAAUGGACCACGACAUAAUCCUCGGGAGACCGUGGUGCGUGAACGUAGAGAUGAUAGGCAUGCACUUGCACGAUGGCUCAUACAUGGUAGACAUAGAGGACCCGGUGACCAGCUGGGGACAGCUCCUCCGACUCCUUGGAAUGGGAGGAGACCCCCCGAGGCGGAAAUCGGCAACAUGGUCGCCGUCAUUCGAGGAUAGCACGCGAAAAGGGGCUUUCGCACGGAUGGAGGGUAUGAGAGAAAGGGUAGAAAUCAUGAUUGAGGAAGCGUUCAACAAGAAGGAGUGGAUCAAGAUGGGCCUGCCCCAGAAGAAGAGGAGGCAGGAGGGCGAAGUCCUAGGUGUUAUGGUAGCAGAAAAGGAGUCAAAGGUCGAACUUGGUGCUGGCCUGCCCAAACGGAAAGAAGUGCGCAUAGACGUGCCGGAAAUCGCACUCGAGAUCCCCGAUCUAUUGCAACUCAUCAAGGCCCUCAGAUAUCACAAGUUCGAUUACAAGAUCGAACGGAUUGCUGGAAUCCGCAACAAGGCAGAUGGGCUGAGUCGGGUUUGCAUCGCUCCCGAAGGGAUGGAGGAUGCAGAGCCCAUAGACGCCUUCCUCGAAUACGAAGGAGGAACUCUUGCGGUGGACAACGAGAUGAUGAGCGGAGAAUGCACAUCGGGAGAACUACUGAUCCAAACUUUGGAGAAAGGGGCACCUGUCGUAGUAGCAGAACUCAGAGAAGGACCAGUUACCACUCGAGGACGCAGAGAAGAAAAAGACGCAUGGAGAGCGAUAGUAGGACCGAAAGAGGAACUUAUAGCAAUGGCGGUGGAAGGGGGCCGGGAGGCAGUGAUGAGCUUAGUGGAAUCUUGGGAAAGGAAAGAGUUGCAACGGGUGGUAAAUCAGAUGCAGGAAGGAAAGGAUGGGGGCAAGGAAGGAGAGGAGUUUUUCUAUGUCCAAUCAUAUGAAGGGCUCUUUCGGGAGAUCGGGUUGUUGUUGGUAGGAAACAAACAACCUACGGAAGUCAGUAUUAAGGCAAGAGAAGAAGCCGAAAGGUACGUCCUAAGGGGCGGGCAUUUGUUCCGGAGGGAGGAAGGUGCUAUGCUUAGAAGGGUUGUGUGCGGAAGGUCUAGGCAAGUAAACGUUAUCCAGGCAAUGCACGACGGGUUAGCUGGAGGUCAUCGGUCUUCCAAAGGAACACUUGCAAAGAUAACGCCGAUCUAUUAUUGGCCAGGCAUGGCAGGCAUGGUCGCCAUAUACUGCCAGACUUGCCUCAUUUGCCAAGAACGAAGCUCGGUACGAGUCUUCGAGCCGCUUAGACCAACGCGGGUGCUAGUGUCGGGACAUCUGGUCCACCUCGACCUUGCGGUCAUGCCUGUAUCAACAGAUGGGUACAGGUAUAUCCUGGAUGAGCGAGACAACUUGAGUGGGUUCGAGGAGGCAGUCGCCCUCAAGAAAAAGACAGGGAGGAGUGUGGCGGACUGGAUAGAAGACUUCUACUUAAGGCACCCGUUCGUCAGGAGGUUUAUAGCAGACAAUGGGACGGAAUUUAUAAACCAAGAAGUAUUGGGGAUGCUUAAGAGACUCUGCGUACCGAUCAAACUCAUCGAGCCGUAUCACCCUGAAGCCAAUGCACCGGUGGAAAGGGGGCACCGAACCUUGAAGAACACGAUUGCAAAGCUCGCAGCAGACCAUCUGGGGAACUGGCCUAGGUAUCUUAAGCAGGCUGUCUUUGCAGAGAAUAUGACUCCUAAAAGGACAACAGGAUGUAUCCCGGCAGAGCUUUGGUACGGAAGAGAGAUCGACUUUCCUGUGGAAGCCUUGGUACCUACCUGGAAUAGGUUAGAUGAUGAUCCGCAAAUGACCACUGAAGAGUUAAUUGAGGCAAGAUCUCAACAGAUCCUUAAGAAUGAGGAGGUCGUGGAAGACAUCGCCAGUCGGGUGCUGGACAGCAGAAUGAGGGACAAAGCAAGGUGGGACCAGAUUAAGAAUGUCAGAAAGGAGCCACUUCAGGUGGGGGAGAUGGUAUUGCUAAGGAACUCGGCACUAGAAAGUACUUGGUCGGGACAGUUGGGAAGGAGGUUCAAAGGCCCCUACCGGGUCGCCAAGCGGGGGGGACUGAAGACCUUCGAACUGGAAGAUUUGGAUGGAACUGGAUUGAAAGGGCCCUUCCCGGGGCAACGACUGAUCAGGUUUUUAAAUCGGGACCCAGCGGAACAAUGGCUUCAGGAGGCCGAAGAUAAGGAAACAGAAGAGCCACAAGCUAAAGACUAAUCACAGCCUUGCCCACACUAUG